AUCGAAGGCCGUUCAAGGUGACCAAAGAAGGGUAUUUUAACGCGCUGAAAUGACAACUUGAAUAUUUUUGAUACAAAGUCACGAUAGGAAAGGAAACUCUGGCAAGCAUGAUGUCGUUAAGAGCGGGGAGGCAUGUUUUGAGUGCCUUUAAACCUGUAAACGUGUCAUCACUCCGACGUUUUCUUCACACGUCGAAACCAACUUCAACUUUUGCCAAAGAUCUGUUUCUGGGACGUUGUAAUAAGGAGAAAGUUUUCCCAUAUCCAGAUCCAUUGAAUGAAGAACAGCGAGAAACACUCAACAUGCUUGUUGAGCCUGUUGAAAAGUAUUUUGUAGAGAAAGUUGAUUCUGCUCAUAUUGACAAAACAGCUAAAAUUCCUGAAGAAGUUAUGGGAGGACUGAAAGAACUUGGUUUGUUUGGUCUUCUUAUCCCUGAAGAGUAUGGUGGCCUUGGUCUUCUUAACACAAACUAUGCCCGUGUUUGUGAAGCUUUCUCUGAUGCAAGUAUUGCUGUGACAUUGAUGGCACAUCAGUCAAUUGGUCUGAAGGGAAUUCUUCUUCUUGGGACUGAGGAGCAAAAGCAGAAAUAUUUACCAAGACUAGCUUCUGGUGAACACAUGGCUGCAUUUUGUCUCACAGAACCCUCAAGUGGAAGUGAUGCAGCAUCAAUCCAGACCAAAGCAACUUUAAGUGAAGAUGGCAAACACUUUCUUCUCAAUGGUUCAAAGAUUUGGAUCUCUAAUGGAGGAUGGGCUGACGUUAUGACUGUUUUUGCUAGGACUACUCAUACCAAUGACAAGCAUGGAAGCUAUGUGAAGAGCCUUGGGUAUAUGAAAGAAUAUCCCUAUGAAAGAGUCAUGAGGGACUCAAGAAUCUUGUUGAUAUUUGAGGGAACAAACGAAAUCCUCCGAAUGUACAUAGCUCUUGCAGGAAUGCAGCAUGCUGGAAAACACUUGCAGGAAGUAUUAAAAUACCUAAAGAACCCUUUUGGAAACGUUGAAUUCAUGACGGACUUCUUGAAAAAGAGAGCUCUCUAUGCCUUAGGACUAAAAGGAAAUCUGCAGGGAAUUGCCAAUGUUUCACACCCACAAUUGGCGGACAGCGUCAAAAAAUUGGAGGAGAAUAUCGCUGACUUUGGAAGGAUAUCUGAAAACUUGCUUUCCAAAUUUGGAAAGAAUAUCAUCGAGGAGCAAUUUCUGCUGAAAAGAAUGGCAGAUGUAGCCAUUAACUUGUAUGGUAUGACGGCUGUAAUUUCCAGGGCAACUAGGUCUAUCAACCGGGGCUCACCGAGCGCCAGUCACGAGGCACUUCUCGUAGAUACAAUAUGCAAAGAAAAAUAUCAUGCCAACAACACUCUCCUCAAAGAAGUCAAAUCAGGCACGAAGAGUAAUGGAGACGAACAACUUAAGAAGAUUGCCGAGGAAAUUUUCAAAAGUGGUGGUACUGUGACACCACAUGCUCUAACUGUCUGAAGACCCUAUAAUUUAUCCGAGAUGUAAAUAAUUAUGUAAAUAAAUUAAUAUGAAAGUUUUAAACCGGAACGAAGAUAAACUCGAAGACAAACGAAAAGAGACCCAUUGCAGGCCUAUGAAAAUAAAUUCGAACUCGAGGGCACAGUAAUAAGAAAUGAUCAUCAUUUCACUAAGGUAUAAAUUUCUUUUCGUUAGCCCUGCUGCCGAGCUAAUAUUUUUCAGGUAUGAUGGAGAACUCUUUGUCAAUGAAUUGAAUGUUAUUUCUGCUCCCUUAAAAUACUUUUUUACAUCAUAAUCCUUAAACUCCCAAGAUCUGCUUGUUAAUUCUCCUCUCUAGCUGCUACACAUUUCCUUGUGAAUGAGUUUCGAGAAUUUGGAGGUAGAUCAAUAUUACAACUUGUACCUGAUAAGUUUGAGUUUUCUCAUUACCUGUUUACAGGAUAAUGUAUGGAUACUGUGCGGAGAAGUUACGCGUUAAUCACUUCUGGGAGACAAAGGGUUAAGGUGUCACAGGCAAGAAAUUAACGUUAUGUUAAAUUUCACAGCAAUCGACCACGUUUUAAAUUGUUUUAAUUCUGCUAAGCACUAUUUUUACUUUCAAAACUUAUUUUUUUUGUUACCAACUCUUACUAUUCUAAGCAACGUUACUGCAUGUUAUCUUCAUACAAGAUAACAUGAGAAAUCGAAAUAAAGUUGCAGACUUCUUACAG